AAUAAUAGAUUUAUCCAGUAGUAACACAAUAACUCGCAUGGCUGCUCCGUGGAAAGCAAAGUGUUUAUGAUCAUUUUAAAUUGUUUUACCACGAGAGGUGUUUUUGUUGAUGUUUUAAUAGAAUGCUUAAUGACAUCAAAAAAGGAUCUUAAACUCAAGAGUUUUUUUUUUUUUUUUAAUGUGAUGAACCAAUUCUGACGCUUGGAACAUUUUUGUGAACUAAGGAGAGCAACUCUGCUGCAGAGAAGAACAACAAGCACGGUGAGGAGGCAUGGCAAACUUCAAAGGGCACGCUUUACCUGGAAGCUUCUUCCUGAUAGUGGGCCUCUGGUGGUCAGUGAAAUUUUCCCUGUGGCACGCCAGCCGAAGAAACAAGAAUGCCUGCCACCUGGCCUCCAAGAUCAUGUAUCGACGACUAGAAGUCAUUGAGGCCUCUGUUAUAUUACUGUUUGCACUAGUCGGUAUGAUGGCUGAGCAGUUUGUUCCGGACGGUCCUCAGUUGAAACUUUAUAACUACGAGGACAAGCACUGGGACCACCUGAUGAACUGGCAGCAUGCCACCAUGUACCUGUUCUUCGGCAUCUCAGCGGCUGUGUCAAUCACCGUCCACACGAUGGCCGUUGUGCCCGUCGCCUUUGACCGGCUGCUGCUGGCCAUUGCUGUGUUUGUGGAAGGGUUCCUGUUCUACUACCACCUCCACGGCCGGCUCAUGCUGGAUGUACACGUGCAUCAGCUGCUGCUCUUCGCGAUCUUCGGAGGAGCCCUGACCAUUUUCCUGGAGGUGUUCUUCCGAGGGAACAUCUUGCUGGAGCUGUUGAGGUGCAGCCUGUGUCUGCUGCAGGGUAGCUGGUUCUGGCAGAUUGGGUUUGUGCUGUACCCCCCCAGCGGCUUCCCGGAGUGGGACAGUAUGGAUCACAACAACAUGAUGUUCAUUACCAUGUGCUACUGCUGGCACUACGCCUUCGCCCUGCUAACUGUGGCUGCCAUUUUCACCAUCGUUAGCUGGUUGGUUCGGACCAAGCUGAAGAAAACUCCACAGCUGGAGAUGGGGCUGCUGAAGAACAAAGAGAGGGAGGAAGAAUCGGAAGAAGACCUGUAGCCGCUUCAAACCUCAACAGUGGAUACUGGUUUCUCCAUUUCUGCAUCAAUGUAUAAAGAAUCUGAGGCUUAAUCCUCUCACUUUUACAAAUAGUUGAUUCUGGGUAAUAGUUUAUUGAAGUCUUGAGAUAGCAAAAAAAAUCAGUUGUGAGAAAUUGUGAACAGUAGGGUACCACUUGCUCACACCAGAGUUUUCUUUAUAGCAGAUUACGGUACCACAGAUUUAUCCCCUAAUAUUUUACCAUGGGAUUAUUAAGUACACUCCCUCCUGUCUCUUGAACAUGACUCUUUUACAUCUAUACUGGAAAAUAUUAACGUGUGCUAACCAAACUCAUGUGUUAUGACAUGGAUAAGGUGACCUAGGGAUCUCAGGGUAUUUUAAGAUAUUUAUUUUGUUUGCAUGUAAUUGUUAUUUUUUUUUGUCAUGGUAUCAUUGGAUCUAAAUACUACAGCCCUUCGAUUCUAUAUGAACCCAGUUGGUAUUUACUGGUUCUUUAUUGCCUCCCUUGUUAAAUAUAGUAGAAAGGCUGCAGUAUUUUUUUGUUUAUGUCACUUUGAAUGCUUUUGCCAAUGCUGAAAAAAACUGCAAACCAGCAUAUUUUAGUAUUAGCGAUUCAGUUAGUAACAGUUCAGUCUGCACAAUCAGCUUUGCACCCUGUUUUACAGCUGAAGAGACAAGGAAACCUACAUUUUAGUUUUUACACAUCUGUUUUUUUAUUAGUGCAGCCAAAUUGACUUUACAUUACCCAGGCAGGUGAUGAAUAAGUUUGAGCAGGACUUUAGAUGCAACUGUUAACAAGGAGGGAGUUUACUUUAGCAAGACUGUGCAACACAGCACUAAAGAAUGGAUUACAGACAAUAAGCACAUCAGAAGUCUAUGGUAUAUUGUAUAUAGCAUGUCAGAAAAUCUUAUUUCAAGCUCCAGACAACUGGUUUAAGGCUGAAAUUAAUUCCAAUAUAAAUAGUUAAUUUGUUUCUUACUUUCUGUAAUGCCUUUUAAACUAAUAGUGUCUAUGUGCGUUUAACAAACAAUAUAGCACAGAGAUCAAAACAGAGGCUUUUCCCCACGCAUUCAUAAGAAACAAUACAAUGCUGGUUUCAUGAAGGCAAUUUAAAGGGUACUGGUUGGUGCUUAUACAAUAUUGCCAUCAUGUGAGCAACAGUGACAUCGCCACUCACUGCAUAAUCUGACUAAAAUUGCAUGCCACCUCAGAAAGCUGCGAUUCAUUAAAUGAACAGUAUAGGUGUUCUUUUGGUUCACAUACAAUUCUGAGAAGGAAAGAUGAUCUCUAAGCACACAUAAUGUAUAGAAGCAAUAACACAGAUACUGUGCUGUGAAAACUAAUCCUAAAUGAGACAAUAAUCAGUUUGAAAAAUAAACGAAAUAGGAAAUAUUUGUAAAUAUAUUCCUUUUAUAAGUAUCUCAAGCAUACAUGAUUUAGUUCAGCAAGCUUGCAACUUUGACAAAGGGGUCGAAUCAACCUUUGCCACAGUUUGAUCAUUUUACAGCACUGGGGAGUCCCAUGGAUUGUAUCAACCACACAUUUUUAGGGGUAACCUUAGAAUAACCAUGAGUAUGUGGUGUUUGUACAAUAUUCCAGUAAAAUCCAACUGUGGUGUUACUGCUGUGAUCUAGCUUAAUCAAACUGACCCCGUAAUAUAUAUAAUUUGUUAUUUGUUUGUAUGGGACCUACAGUCACAUGUGCUUGGAAUUAUUUUUCUUCAUAUAUAUUUGUUUUACUCUCUGAAAAUGUGAGCAUGCCUAUUGAUUCUAGUAAAUCCAUAUUUGCCAAAGCAACUAUACAGUUUCUGAAUAAAUGAAAAUUGCUUCAUAUUUCUUUUCAAUUUGAUUUGGAUGUUUUAAUCAGGAGAGGUCUCUCUUGUUUUUACAAUAAAAUGUUUUUUUUGUUUUUUUGUUUUUUACCAGUGUUCCAGUUCUCACACUUUUUAAAAGUACAUUGACAAAUGAGAAUAACCCUCAUGCUGUUUAGAAACAUACUGCAUGAGAAAAGUUUUAUGAAUACCAAACCUUACUUUAAUACAACCCAACAGGCUUCAGAAAUGAUCGGUUUUGUUGUGAAAUGGGGCCUGUGCAAUUUUUGUAGCAUCUUGUGAAAGGUAAACAAAUGAGAUUGGUACCAACCAAACCUGGGGAUUGUACAUUGUAAAAAGGGCCAUGCUUUAAAACAGAAUGUUUACAGAAUUGAUAGGGGCCUGGAUUAAAUCAAAGUUAGCUACACUUUACUAUAACCCAGGCAAGUACAGGAACUGAAAGAGAAUAAAACCAUUCUUAAACCAUGUUCCAAAUAAAGAUACCGGUAUCAUUUAAUCUACAAACGAAUUAUCCUAAAUGAAAUACUAUUGCCAAAAUGAUGUAUGCAUAAAAAGAAGUCUGGUAAUCAUGCUUCACUUGAUUUCAUACUUCAACUUGAUAUUUGUAAAAAAAGGAAAAAAAAAAAAAAGUUUCAUUGGCACUAUAUGUUAUGUAAUUCUUUGUUUUUCAUGUACUGAACGGCACAGUUUUUUUUGAUGCAAAUGUAUUAUUCUAAAAGGAAUAAUUGAAUAUAUGAUUUAACUUAGACCAUAUUGAGCUGUCAGAGGUAUUUAAAUUAAUACAAUAAAUUCAUCCAGCAGA